ACACAACUCGAAACCUGAUCUGUGAUUCGUGAUUCGUGAUCGUGAUCAGUGACUGAUCAGUGAUCAAUUUGUGUGAUUUGUGUGUGAUCCAGAUCCAAUUGAGAUCACACGAUCCAGCAUCGUGCUCUCCCCUUAUCUAAUCUCUCCCUCAUUCUUCUCAUUCUGCUUUGAAAAUUCUAAAAUUCAAAUUUUUGAAUUUUGAGUGCUUUUUUCGUUACCCAGUCUAGUGUUUAUGAUAUUUUUUUGGCAAAUUUACUCUCCGUACAAAAUAUUCAGAUUGUAGAACGCAAUGGGAUUCAGAAAAAGAUCGAAGAAAAAUAAAAAUAAAAAGAACCCGAGCCAGCAGAGGGAUCCAAAUGAACGUGGACCUAGCUACAGUGAAAUAGUUAGAGAAAAUCAAGACUUCGAAAAUUACUACAAAGGACAGAAAGUAUGCCCCGAAGAGGAAUGGGACGGAAUGCUGAAAGCGUUAAGAUCAGAUUUACCUACUGGUUUUCGAAUCACCAGUUACCCAAAAUAUGAGGCUGAAGCAUUGCUUUCUCUGGUAGAAAGUGUUUACUUCAAAGAUCUGAUGGCUUCUAAAGAUGAUGAUGCGGUUGCAAAGAAACCGUUUUGUUUACCAUGGUAUCCCGAUCGUUUAGGAUGGCAAAUUCAGCUAUCUAGAAAUGACAUCAGAAAGUCAGAAAUAUACUCACGUUUGCACAAUUUUUUGAUAUCCGAAACCGAAGGUGGUAACAUCAGUAGACAAGAAGUAGUUAGCAUGAUUCCGCCGAUUUUAUUAGAUGUUCAAGCUCAUCAUAAAGUUUUGGAUAUGUGUGCUGCUCCAGGAUCUAAAACUGCGCAGUUGAUUGAGCGACUCCAUACAACUUCUUCCAAAGAAGUUCCAGAUGGUGUUGUUGUUGCGAAUGAUAUAGAUAAUAACCGUUGUUAUAUGUUGGUUCAUCAAGCUAAAAGGCUAAAUAGUCCUUGUACGAUUGUUACGAAUCACGAUGCUUCCAUUAUGCCCAAUUUUUUUAUUGAAAAUCCAGAUAAAACUACUUCAGUUAUGAAAUUUGAUCGUGUAUUAUGUGAUGUACCGUGUACUGGGGAUGGUACUAUGAGGAAAAAUCCCGAUAUUUGGACUAAAUGGAAUGCUGCUAAUGGAAAUAAUUUGCACGGAGUACAAAUACGAAUAUUGAAACGAGGCUUGGAAAUGUUGGCUAUUGGAGGAAGAUUGGUUUAUUCUACAUGUUCCCUUAAUCCAAUCGAAGACGAAGCUGUCAUACACAGAUUGUUGUCAGAAGCUGAAGAUAGCGUUAGGCUUGUCGAUGUUACGAGUAUGUUACCCGGAUUGAAAUUCAGCCACGGUAUGACUCAUUGGUUACCCGCUUCAAAAGACAUAACAUUUUAUAAGAAUUUCGAAGAAGUUCCUGAAAAAUGGCAUAGUACUGUUAGGCCUGUAAUGUUCCCUCCUAAGCCGGAAGAUAUUUCAAAAUAUAAUUUAGAAAGAUGUAUACGAAUUUUACCUCAUCUACAAGAUACCGGAGGAUUUUUCGUAGCUGUUUUGGAAAAGUUAAAGCCACUUCCGUGGGAAGCUCAAUUGAAAAUUACGAACGAUGCAACAACCAAUGAUACCGAACAAGAAAGUAGCCAGGCUCCAGUUAUUGAGAAAAGACGCCCUAACAAAAGAAUAAAAUUAGGUUUCAAGGAAGACCCCUUUGUUUUCUUCAAGGAUAAUGAAGAAGUUUGGUCAUCUAUUAGCGAAUUUUAUGAUAUUAAAAAUGACGAUAUUGUUCCAAAGUGCCUAUUAACUCGCUGCGAAGUAGGCAAGAAGAAAAAUAUUUACUUGUGCUCUCCGUUCGUUCGUCAGAUUAUCGCGAAUAAUCAAAAACGAAUUAAGAUUAUUAAUAGUGGCGUUAAAGUUUUUGUACGAUGUGAUAAUAGAUCAAUGGGAUGCUCAUUCAGAGUAGCUCAAGAGGGAUUAUUAAAUAUACAAUCAAUUUUUGGUGAAAAACGAAUUCUUGAGACCAAUAAGGAAGAUUUUAUCAAAAUUCUACAACAUAAUGAUCCUAAUCAUCCGCUGCCUACAACGGAAUUGGACCCAGAAACUCAGAAAGUUUUCGAACGAAUAGGUAUUGGAAGUAUAAUCAUUAAAUUAAUAGAUGAAAAACUACCUAUUCACUUGGUCGGUUGGAAAGGUAAUUGUUCGAUUCGAGCUUAUAUUACAGUAUUGGAUAGUACUCAUUAUUUGAGAAUUUUAGGCCAAGAUGUUUCGAAAUUUGAAACUAACAAAUUUAAAAAGCCAGAGACCGUUGAAGAUACUAAAACGCUUGAAAGCAAUGAAAAUGCUGAGCAGAACGAUAUGGAGACCGAAACUACGACCUCAUGAUAGUUUUUCUCUGAUUGACUAUUCGACUUGAGAGUUAUGAUGAGAUAUAAUUUUCUUAUAUUUUUCAAUAAAACAUUUUAUCUUAA